AUGCCGUGGCUUCUGAGCAAGAAGCGACGGCAGUCGCCCUCCAGCAGCCCCAGUGGGCAGCCCUGGGCUGCCACCAGCUCCAGCAGCGCCUCCCAGCUCCGGGAGCAGGGGCUGGGCAGGCUGCACCGCGCGGCCGCCCGCGGUGACCUGGGCUGGCUGAGGCGCUGGCGCUGGUACGUCAAGGUAGUCGGCAUCGACAGGCCAGACCAGGAGAUGCGGACACCUCUACAUCUGGCUUCAGCCAAUGGCCAUGCAGAUGUCGUCAGAUAUCUGCUAAGAAAGAACAGCCAGCCCAACCUCACUGACAACUUCAAGAGAACAGCCCUGAUGAAGGCAGUCCAGCAGGAGCAGGAAGAAUGUGUUGCUGUUCUGCUGGAACACGGUGCCGACCCCAAUCUGGCAGACGCUGACGGCAACACUGCCCUUCACCUGGCUGUGCUCUCUAAAAACACAGCUGUAGCAGGGCUGUUACUGGAGCAUCAUGCCAAGAGUGAUGCUCAGAACCAGUGGGGAUUUACCCCCUUGAAACUUGCAGCCUUGCAACAGCACAAGGAGAUUCUGGAGUGCCUUGUGAACAAAGCAGCUGACAGGCCUGCUCAAGGCCAGGGGGAAAGGAGUGCUCUUGUGGUUCCUGGAAGCCAUGGGGCUCACCUGGAGGAAGAUAAUCUGUGCUUGCAGGAGGAGCUGGACAGGGCUGACGCGGAGCUGCAGGAGGAGGAAGAAAAGCAUCUUCAGUCUGAGCAUUGUGUUCCUGACUUGAAGACUGCCUUGGAUGCCAAGAAAAGAGAGGCAAUAACUUCCUCCCAGGAACUGCAGGACCUCCUGGAAGAAGACGCGCAAGACUUUGCCAGUGAGAACAGCAGAUUGGAAGCCACUGUCCAGCAGCCAAGCGAGAGCGUUGAAGCCCUUCCGAGAGCCCUGCAAGCCUCUGCCUCAGGUGGUGAACUUUCCCAGCAGCUGGACAUGGAGCCUGGAACAGGCAUGCAGCUCGAGGCCCUAAACCAGGCUUUGCAAGAAGAGCUGUCCGCUCUGCUUGAGAAGUGUGAACAACUGGAGAAGAGCAAAUGUCAGCUGCAAGAAGAGGUGACAAAACUCCACCACCAUUUGGAGACUUUGGUGCUGGAUGGCAGCCAAAGAGAACAGUGUACAGGAGAGGUGGCAGAAGGAGCUGACCAGGAAAGAAGUCCAAAGCUACAAGAGGUCAGCCUCGUUUUGCAGGUAAGUGAAUUUCUCCCCAGUGUCCACAGGCUCUUCAUUAGGAGCUUUGAAGCAGAGUGCUCAUUUGGGCUUCUUUCCCACUGCAAAGAAUUGUUUGCCCUGGCACAGGUAGCCCACCAGGCCCCACAAGGACAAACUGGAGACAUUCAUUGUGAAUCCAUGAGAAUCCAGUUGGAAGAAAGAAUUAAAAAUCUGGAAAGUGAAUUGGAGAGGGUCAAAAACACCCAACAAGAGAGUGCUUCUCGUAAAGAAGCAACACAGGGAGGGAUGGAAAUGUACAAAGAGCUGUAUGUGGAGGAAGUGAAAACCAGAAGAUGCCUUGCCAAGAAACUGGAAAGGCUGGAAAAGCUUCUGAGGAUAGAGAGGAGGCAACUCCGGGUUAAUGAAGAGAAAGGAAGUCAGUCCCAGCUGGAAGAAAUGAAGAAGAGAUAUUCUGAAAAGGUCAAGGAAGUUGAUAGAUUCCAAAAAGAGGUUGCUGAACUUUCCCAGCAGUUGGACAGGGAACGUGAACAGUGCACGCAGCUGGAGGCCAAAAACCAGGCUUUGCAAGAAGAGCUGUCUGCCCUGCGUGGGGAGUGCGAGAACCUGGCCAUGGACAAAUGCCAGCUGCAAGAAGAGCUGGCAAAACUCCACCAUCAUUUGGAGACCAACGUGGUGGAUCGCAGCCAACUCGAACAGUGUAAAAGAGAGGUGGAAGAACAAGCAGACCAGGAAAUAAGACAAAAACUCCAGGAAGUCAAUGAGUUUUUGCAAGUAAGUGAAUUUCUCCCCAGUGUCCACAGGCACUACCUAAACUUCUCUUGUGGCCAUGAGUUCCAGCAGUAA